UCUCGCCAACGCGGAUCUCAAAAAGAUGGAGUGAGUGGAGAAGAGGGGGGGGCGGGGUGGUCUUUUGUGAGGUGACUGCCGUUUGCCGGAGCAGCCAUGAUCCACGUGGACCUUCGCGCUGUGACCCAGCCGCUGGGCAUCCUGCGCUUGAUGGCCAGCGUCCUCACGUGUAUGGCUUUCAGUCUGGUGGCAUCGGUGGGCCACGUCCCCUCUCCUUACUGGGCCUGGUGCAUGUUCACCUGGUGCUUCUGCUUCUUCUUCACCUUCCUCAUCGUCAUCCUGGAGUUCACCACCUUCAGCGGCAAGUUGCCUUUCGCCUGGGAUGACUUCACCACCGCCUUCGCCGUGCUGGCCAGCAUCAUGUGCUUGGCCGCCUCCGUCAUCUACCCGACGUUUUUCACCUGCGACGUGUGCUACAGACAGAUGGGCGCUUCCGUGGUGUCCUGGGUGUGUUUCGGGGUCUACGUGGGCGAGGUGACUCUCAAUCGCCUUCGGCCCGGCGGCCAGAUCCGUGGCUUCCUCUCCACGGCGCCGGGCGUGAUGAAGAUGCUGGAGACUUUCCUGGCCUGUCUCAUCUUCACGUCUCUGGAGGAACGUCAGUACAGCGGCACUCCUGCGCUGCAGUGGUGCGUGGCGGCGUACUCCUUGUGCUUCAUCUUGGCCGUGCUCAUCAUCCUGCUGAGUGUGGCGCAGCUGACCUCCUUAUUUCCCUUUUUCGACAAGCUAGUGAUCGCCUAUGACGUUUUAGCGUGCGCCAUGUACGCGACGGCCGUGGUGAUCUGGCCGCUUUUUAGUUUCCGCGACAACGGGAGACCGCCCGACUGCGGCUACCUGUGCUCAUGGGAUAAACUGGUGAUUGUCAGCGUCAUGACAAUUCUCAACUUGUGCGUUUACAUCCUGGAUUCGGUCUACUCCGUACGGCUCGUGCUGUGCAGCAGCACGGAGCGAAGCUAACAUUUGUGUCCUGUGCUUGAUGGAACUUCGAGAUCACUUUGUAUACAAAAUGUUGGUUGAAUUUUUUUUCAUUCUCAUUUGUUCAUUCUCAUUUCAUUAUGAAAUAAGUGGAAGUAAUCAAAGAACAUUUGGAGCUGAUUGGUUUUUGUCUAGUUAAUGAUUCAAAUUCUAUCACUCCCAUAAAAAGAGAAAUAAAUAGCAUGUGGAACUUUGGAUCCAGGGACAACGAAAAGGCUCAACAGAGCAAUUACGUCACUUUAUUACCAUCAUAAAUGCUGCAUAACUCUGAUUAUAGGUGUGACAUGAUGUUGCCAAGGAAUGAAUCUUUUAACACUAACUUGCAACUUAAUAA